AUGGGCGAGGAGCUAAGGCGGCUUGCGGCGGCAAAGGAUGCCUGGCUCCUGCGGGGCGAUCAUCAAGAGGCGCGCCAGAUUGCGCAGGAGGUCCUUCAGCGUGCUCGGGAAGCGGAGCAGCCCCAGGUGAUCGCGGAUGCGCUUCGCAGCCUGGCGCUCUGCGAGCAGAGUCGCGCCCACAGCGCGUGCUACAAGGAGAGCUCCGAGCGAAAAGUCAUCCUUUUAGAGGCCGAAAAGCUUUGCCGAGAAGCUUUGCCCGAGAUGGCUGCACGGAACGAGCGCCGGGGCGAGGCCUUGAUGCUCCUGGGUGCAGCAGAGAUGCUUUUGGAAAGCAAGAGGUUACCCGAGACGCGGCGCGGCAACAAGAAGCGCUCCGAGGCGAGGGCCUCACUGGAGAAGGCGUUGUACGUCUUCCAGGAGCUGCAGGACAAGGCCUUGGAGGCUGAGGCCUACCUGGCCUUGUCUGGAGCGUGCCUGGCGCAGAACGAUCCCAAAGAGGCGCUCCGUUUCGCACGGCAGAGUGAAGACCUCUGCAGAGGCGAAGCCGAAGCCUCGCUGCGACCGAGGGCCUUGAAUGCCUGUGCUGUGGCGAUCGGCCUGGGUCCAACUUCCAAGGAGUUCUUUGACGCCGGCCUCAAAUGCCAUCAGCAGGCGGUGGAGAUGUAUCGGCAAAGACCAGGGUAUCAGCGGCCCUUGGCAAUCCAGUGCCUAGCGCUUUCCAAGUGGUAUUUGCUGAUGGACCGUGCGCGAGAUGCGCUGGCGCCUGCCAAGGAAAGCUUAAAGCUUUUCACCGAGCUGGGAGGCUUGUCCGCGGACUGGCGGCAAGAGGCUCUCAGCCAGUUGUGCCGCGUGCGGCUCAGCCUCGCGGAUGUGAAAGGCGCGCAGAAGAUGGCACAGGAGGCGGAGGCGACCUGCGGUCACGACCAGCGGCUGAAGCUGCUGGCCAUGGAGACGAAGGUCUUGGUGAAUAUGGAGCUGGACACCCUCUAUGAAGGUGGCAACCUAGGGGAAGCCCUGGCCGCCGCCCGUGAGGGGCUUCAGCUGGCCAAGGACCUCAAGGACAAGAAGUGCGAAGCGAGCAUGCUCCACCAUGUGGCCCAAGCAUGCCUCAGGCUUCGGCGGAUGGACGAUGCCUUGGAGGCGGUGACGAGUAGCUCCACGACUCUGGACGAUCUUGGUGAGCAGUCCCAGCGCUGUUUGGUCUUGCAGACGGCCAUUGAGAUCCUUAUGGCCAAGGGAGAUCUCCGCGCGGCGCUGGAAGUCUGCCAGGAGAUCCGCCGAUUGGCGCAGGACUUAGGGAAGCGCUCCCGCGAGGCCAACGCCAUCCUGACAGAGGCCCAGAUCUACCACGCGGCAGGCAAUUGCUCGCAAGCGCUCGCGCUGGCUCGAGAUGCCCAGGUGAUCUUCCAGGCGGUGGAUGACAAGAAGGGCGAGGGAAUGAGCUGGAGCAUCAUCUCUGAGAUCCAGAAGAGCACUGGCGAGAAGGAGGAUGCCCUCCGUGCGUGCCGCAGCACGCGAGCCCUCUACCAGCAAGCAGGCGACAAGCGCUCACAGGCCUACGCCAUGAAGAACAGCGCGGCGCUGUUCGUGGCGAACUCCAGUGACGAAGAGGCGGUGCGCGAGGCGCACGAGGCCUUGGCUUUGGCACGUGCAGCUGGCGACUCCAAGGCUGAGGUGGAGAUGUUGAACUUGGUGGCCCAGGCAACCCUGAACUCCAUCAUCAAGCGUUCGCAGGAGAUGUCAGACGACGAUGCCAUCGCCUACAUCACCGUGCAUGAGGAUUCGGCGGUGCGCCCUGCACGGGAGGCCGCCGCGCUGGCCCGGAAGAUGGGGGACAAGCAGAUGACGGGCAUUGCCACGUAUUCAGUGGCCCAGUGCCAUGCCGUGGCUGGGCGCACCGGUGCAGCGGUCCAGGCCGCUACAGAGGCACGCAACCUCUUCCAUGAGACCUGGGAUCGGCAAGGAGAGGCCAUGGCCAUUUUAAUGUUAGGCGAGAGCUUGGUGCUCGAUGGACAAACCGAUGAUGGCAAGCGAGUGUCCAAGGAGGCGCAAGAGAUGUUCCAGUCGAUCAACGACCAGGAGGGCGUGGACAAGGCCGAAAAGACGCUCCAGCAGAUCCAGGAGAUCUUGGGAGCGCCUGCUGCCCCGACAGCACGAGAGGCCGAGCACGUGCCGCAGGCCGAGAGCGUGGCGGUGGUGGCAAAGAAGGCCACCCUGAGCCGCGAGGAGGCCAUCAGGAUCUCGAAGGCUGUGGUCAUGGAAUCCAUUGGUGGGGAUGAGGAAGUGACUCUAGACGACCCUCUGAUGGAAAGUGGCCUUGACAGCCUGGCGACGAUCGCGUUCCGCGAGAGCCUGGAAUCACAGACGAACAUCAAGCUGUCCUCCACCUUGGUCAUGGAUUACCCGACCCUCAACGACAUCGUGGAGCAUUUGGUGGAGAACAGCUACGUGCCGCCGGGCAUCAUCACCCGGACGCUGCACGACAUCGCGGAGAUGCUCCGGGUCUCCGCCACGCGGCGGGAGCGGAGGAAGAACCUGGUGAUCACUUGUCGCCAGAAGUUCUUGCCCAGCACGGAAUCCAUGGAACGCCUCCAUGCCAGCAUCAUCGGUCGGUCCUUAGGGCGAUCUUUCGCACAUGUGCUGCUGAUGACGAAGGUCCUCAUGGGCUUUCGAGAGGCCGUCCACACGGCUCGGCUCUCGAACGCCCUGCAGCGGCGCACGGGUUGGCUGCGAAGUGAGAAGUGCCAGCCAGAUGAGCGGUGCUUGGAAUUUCACUUUCAACAUUGGCGGCACUACACCACCUCCAGCUUGCAGCAACGAGCGGCGGAAGCUGAGAUCCUGCGAGGUCGCGAAUCCGUGCUGGAGGUCUUUGCACAGGGCCGGGACGAGCUCUCGAGGGCAGUGGAACUGCUCUACGAUCGCUCCUUAGUCGAGCUCCUCUUGGUUUGCAUGGCCGCCUGGCGAGAUGCGCUGCGGCUCUUGAGUUUGGAGGGCUACGGUUACCACCUGGCCUCCACGCGAGAGAGGACGCCUUGGUGGGUGGAGGAUCUCUUCCUUUUGCCCGCUGAGAAGGCGCACUUGCUGCUUUGCCUGGUCUGUUGGGCUGCUUGCUGCGCCUUACAGCGGCAAGGACGCGGCCUCAAGGACAUGGAGAUCUCCUUGCAAGAGAUCUCCCAGACAGUGGAGGGCCAGCGCCAGCAGCUCCGGCGUGGCCAGGCUCUGAAGGAGCGUUUGGAAGAGAAUAGCCGUCGCUUCGUAUGCCGCAGCCUCCAGCAAGCAGAACGGUGGCUCCUCAAUGCCGUGUGGCAGGCUUGGUCGCGCCAGAGCGAGGCCACCCGCCGUGCACGCCAGCGGCUCAUCCGUUGGCUGCCCGAGCGGCUCAAGCAGCAGAACGCCCUGCGCGGUGCCCUCGAGGCCUGGCUCUCACUGGCGCAAGAGGGACGCCGAAAGCAGCAAGCCCUGCGACGAGGCCAAAGAGCCAUCGUCCGGUGGCAAGAGGACCUCAGGUCAUGGAGUCUGAGCAGCUGGAGGCAGACGCUGCGGGAACAGAAGGAGGUGGCGCUGCGACGACGCCAGAGCGAACGCAGGCGGACGUGGGCCGAGCGACGCUGUGGCGAGUGCUCGUUGCAGCUGCUGAGAUGGACUUGGGACGCCUGGAAGCUUCACCUUCGCCACGCCCAAGAGCGUGCAAGGCGGGUCUUCUCUCACGUAAGCCUGGGAGACGAGCGACAACAGUGGCACUUGGAGCUUCAGAUGUGCGGAGACCUGGGGCCCAUCGAAGCACAGGUUUGGCCACAGGCGCCCUGGCCGUCGGGCGGUGGGAAGGUUUCCAGCUACAACAGCGAACACCAAGCACUUUGCGAACACAGGUCCACGGCCCUGAGCGAUAGCGACCUGGCCGACCUGGCUGGAGCGGCUCCACAGGCAACCGGGCCGAAGGAUGACUUCGACCAGGUGCCAGAGAUGCCUCGCUUGCAAGCCCCCAAGGUGACCUCCGAUGCGAAGGACCAGCAGAUUCAAAAUCUGGAGAGGUCGGUGCUAAACCUGGUGAACCAGGGCGCCUCGCCGGGCAUGGUGGCCUUUGUGGAAGAGCUGAGACAAUUGGUGGAUGGGAAGAUGAAGAAGGAGCUGCGAAACCAGCAGAACACCACGCAGAGCACGCUGAAUGCCCACUUUGGAGCUAUCGCACACUGCGCGCAGCAAGACUGGCGAGAAGUGCUGGACGUGGCGCUGGGCCAAGACGUGAAAGCCAAUGCCUCCAGUGUGGAGAGCUUCGGCCUUCAGCCUUUAGCGCAGAAGCACAGGCUGUGCAGAUGGGGCGAGUGGCAACGAUGGGAGGAGAAGACGUCGACGCAGGCGGCGAUGGAGAAGUCCAAGGAGACCAAAGACUACCUCUGUGGCCUCUAUGCGGGCAACGAGAGCCACCGCGCGGCGCCGGUGGGCGAUUCCGGGAACUGCGUCAUGGGCAGCAAAUACCCGGCCAGCAGCCAGACCAGGCAUAUCGACUUCCUGCGUGACCAGUUGGCGUGGUGGGAGGAUCAGCUCCAGCAGAUCCAGACAUCCCGUGUUCAAUGCACUGCCGCCAGCGAGGCCUAUGACAGUGCUUUGGCCAUGUUCCAGCAAGCCUCCACGGCACAUGCUGAUGUGCAGAAGACCUGCAACGCCACACAGGUGCAGCUGGAUGAGGCAUCCUGCCGAUACAAGGCGUACAGCCAGAAGAAGUGCGAGCUGAUCGCCCACUGCGCUGACACCGCCUGGCAGACCUACCACGACACCUGGAACGAGGCGCUCACCGAAGCGCAGUUCCUCCAGGCUCAGAUGAGGGCGCUCCUGAGGAUCGAGUGCUACCUCGGAGCUUUUCAGUUGAGCAACAUGACCGAUGGCAUCCUGCAGUGCAAGCGGAAGGACUUCCACAAUCACACUCACGUCACUUCUUUGGCGUUCCAGCCACAGGCGCAGCCAGCGGCUCACAGUUGCCUUGUGGACAAAGAGAAUGUGGCCGGGUUCUGUGUCUACGAAGGGAAGUAUUACGCCAACACCUCCAACCUCAGUCGGGUGCUCAGUAACCCGGAAGUGGGAGAAGGAGAGGUUUUGGGGCAGCCAACCCUGUGCAGCCUCCUGCUGCCACAAGACUUGCGUCCUCUGAGUGGGGAUGUUGUGGUCCAGGCCUUCUCAGAAGCCUUGCCUCAUGUCAAGAGUUGGCUUCAGCUGCUGAGUGCCUGGCGCUACCAGGCGCAAGAGCAGAGGCACCUGCGGCAGCGCCUGCAGUCCGAGCAGAGCAGCAGUCGGCAGCUGGACCAGGCCUUGCAGAGUGCAGCUUUGGCGCUUGAGCGAUGCCAAGAACAGCCAGGGCCCUUCCACUGCCGCCUGCUCCAUGAGUGGCGUCAGCUCGUGGUCCAAAGGAAGACCAGUGCGGUGCGUCAUGGGCAAAGAUCACGCUACGUGCAGCUGCAAGAGGCCAAGGACCAGGCGAUGCUCCUCUCCAGCUGCCUCCGCCAGUGGCAAGGCCAGUGUCAGCGCUCUGCGGCCGAGUGGCGGACUGCCCAGGCAGUUCGGCAAGCACAGCAACAGAUGCACCGGAAGACGCUGGAUGCCCUGAGGCGUCGGCAAGAGGGUGAUGCGUGCGCGCUGCAACUGCUACAUUUUGGGGCCUGGCGCCAAGAGGUCUUGCACAGUCGCAUCGCCCGCGCGGAGAAGGAGAAGAUCAUCACCCGGACUUUUGGCCAACUCCUCUUGGAUGACGAGAUGCUGAGAUCCCGCAGCUUCUACGAGUGGCGAAAUGCCUUGCACCACGCGCGGCACGAUGCGCUUCAUCGGGCGGCUGAACAGGAGGCGGAGGAGCGGAAGAAGGAGGCCCAUGAGCAGAAGCUGCAAGUCAUGAGGCAAGCCUUUCGAAGCUCGAGUGAGGCCUUGUUGGGUUCGGCCUUCUUGGGUUGGCACAACUUGGCGCGGCACCGCCAGCAGCACCUGGCGCGGCGCCGGCAGAGCGAGCAGCGCCGCGAGCGGAAGGACUUGGAGCUGGAGAGAUUCGCUUUGCUGCAUUGCGUUUGUGCCUGGCAUGUCCAAGCGCUGAAGUGUGGCAGCCUUCGCCGGAAGCGCUCCGCUGGCGCACGCAUUGGCCUGCAGGCGCUGACGCUGUGGCAGCUGCGCGGGGUGCAGGGUCUCACGGAUCCCGGCCGUGGGGCCUUUCAGGCACAACUUCUGGAGCUGUGGCAUCAAGUAGCGCUGCGCGGCACCGAGGCGCUGCGCGGUCGGCAGCAGCUCCGCGCACGGAACGCGCAGCUCUGCAGGGAGAAGCUGAUUCCAGCUUUGGACGUCCAACGUCUCUUGCUGCUGCUGGGCCGCUGGCGCCUGCAUUGUCACUUGUUGCACGGCCGUCGGGCUGCUGGCGCCAUGGUGGAGCAGAGGCUCGCGGCGGAGGAGCAGCUGUGGAUGAGCCGUCUCUACGAUGCAUGGCGCCUGCUGCGCUCCGAGCAGUUGCACCUCAGAGCCGUGGGCACCAGCUGCCAAAACGCUCGGGAGGUCCAGCUGCAGCUGCGCUGGCGCAUGCUGCAUGGGAUGAGCCAACUGCAAGACUUGGUGGAUCAAGGGAGAUUGGAAGCGCUUUUGCUGAGGUGGCGCGUGGAGACGUCGAUCCGGUCGACGCGGCGUCGGUUGAAGGAGCGCGCCUUCACCGGCACCAUGCGUGAAGUGGCACGGGAGGAGCUGGAGCUGUGCCAGUGGGUUUUCUCGAUCUUCAAAGCAGAGGCCACCCGGGAACGUCACCAGCGAGAGCUUGAACGCACCGAGCGACAGGUGCAGGGAGCUCGCAUCGUUCAGCGUCAGAUGGCCGACGGCUGGAAGAAGGCCUUGGAGGCCCUACAAGCUGAGCAGCUCCGGAACCUCCGCGCGCAGCUCCGAAGCCUUUGCCGCGCCUGGCUCACCGGCGCUCGGGCGCUGGUGAACGCGCGAGGCGUUCGGAGGCGUUGGGCCUCAGUCCUGGGACACCGGCAGCGGCAGCGCGCUUUGCGGCGGAUGUGUUUGCACUGGCGCUGGGUGGCCGGGCAGGAGAGGCAUGAUGCCCGACUCCAGCGGUGCCGCAAGUAUGCGGAGAACUGCACUGUUCAGCUGCGGUCGGCAUGGCUCAUGCAGCAGACCUUCCGGAGCUGGCAGCAUGCCCGUGCUUAUGAGGAGCUCUUUCGCAUCCUCUCCGACACCCAGGCAGACCUGGCGCGUGCGGCGGAAGCCACAGCCUUGGCGGAGACGGCCGCGGUGGCUGCGCAGCAGAGGAAUCAGCAGGUCACCGUGCGUGUGCUGCCGCCGAAGCCAGCGUGGGCGCAGGUGCCCCAUUUCGUUGGGGUCGCCCAGCCCGGGGUUUCGGUGGUGAUGCGAUGUGCGGAAAUGUGGGCCCGUGUCGCAGCUCGUUUCUUGGCGGAGAAGACCCCGGGGGAGCCAUGGGGAGAAGACCUCAUGCGACGGCGUGGAGUGGAUGCUGCCUGGGAUGCCCUCGAGGAGAUGAUGCGGGCGUCGUUACCUUCGGACCGCUUUACGGUCAGCCGGAUGCUCAUGCGCACGCUGGCCGACGGCCGGCGAACCUGGGAUCCGGUAAAGAUCAACCGCAGUAUCGCCUUAGUGGAGCAGUUCAUUCAGCAACAGCCUGGCGAGGCGGAUGAGGUGCUCUUCAACGCGAUGUUGGACACGCACUCGCGGAGCAAAGACAUCGCUCGGUUGGAGAGCACGUAUCAACGUAUGAAGGAUUUGGGCGUUGAAGCGUCUCACGUGACCCUGGGCAUUCUCGUCAAGGCCUACGGCCAAGUCUGCGACAUCAAAAAGGUUUUGCAGCUUUGGGACGAGAUGAAAGAUCAAAGGGAACAAGCGAACGCAGUGACUUAUGGCUGUAUGAUCAAUGCAUGCGUGAAGUGCAGCCAGACGGAGAAGGCAUUGCAGAUCUUUCGUGACAUGCAAAAACGGCACAAGCAGUGCAACACCAUCCUCUACACAACAUUGAUCAAGGGCUACGGAAAUGAAAAGGACCUCAGCACUGCGAUCAUGUUGUUCCGAGAGAUGAGAAACGAAGGUGUACCGUACAACACCAUCGCCUACAACUCCAUCAUCGACGUGUGCAUCAAGUGUUCGGAGGUGAGCAGGGCGGAGGAGUUUUUCCAGGAGAUGAUGUCAGACACCAGCACGGUUCAGCCUGAUCUCAUCACCUAUUCCACCUUGUUGAAAGGAUACUGCCAAGUCGGUGAACUAGACAAAGCUCUUCAAGUAGCUGCCACCAUCAAGGCAUGUGGCAUGCAAUGCGACGAGCUCGUCUACAACACGUUGAUGGACGGUUGCGUCAAAGCUAAUGACCUCUCUGCUGGCGUGGGCCUUUUCGCAGAGAUGACCUCCGCUGGGAUGAAGCCCUCCUCGAUUACACAUAGUAUCUUUUUGCGGCUCUACCAGCGGAAUGGCUAUAAAGGAAAUGCCCUGGAUGCGGUGGCACAGCUCUACCAGCACCACGGCUUAGAGAAGCCCUCGGGCACCGUGGAGAAGGCCUCCAAAGCAGCGGCACGUCGAGAGAACCGCACCAAGGGCAACAAGCCACGACCUGCGAAGGCGGCGGCGAAGCCCAAGAGCGCGGGCAGUGGAUUGGGGGCUCCCAUCAAUCCAGGACCUCAGGCAGGGCCAGCCAUGCAGCCGGCCGCCUGGCAGGGCCAUGGACAGAUGCAGCCGGUGCCCGUGGGCCAUCAAGCUUGGCCUGUGCCCGCCUUCGGACGCGCCGUGCCGGUGGCGCCGGUGCCUGCGGCGGCACAGCCAGGCGGCCCCGGCUUCGUGGACGCGUCCCAGAGGAUGCCGGGUGCUGGGGGUUAUAUGAUGCCCAUGAACGAGGUGAACUAUGGGAUUCCCAGUCGCCCCGCGACCUUUGCCGGGAUGGCCUUGGAUGAUUUGUACCAGCGCCAGAACGGCCGGCAGAAUGAGAGUGGCUUCGCCAGUCCCGAGAGAGGCCCACAGCACGAGCCCAUCUCUCCACAUCAGUUCAGAGAAUGGCCCCGGCAGAACGACUUCCUCACACAUCUCAUGCGAUGA